AUGGCUUCUAACCAUGGGGGUGCGGCGCUGGAAGAGAGCGUGCGUGCUCUCGAUGUCACCGACUCCUCUGAUGCAGAGAAUUCUCACGAGAGCGUGGACGUGGUUGAUCUGCUGCCCGGCCCCAUCUGGCACAUCAUCUUCCGCCACCUGCUGCUACCACCAGGCAGUUCCGCUCACCUACAGAAGCAGGACGAUCCUUUGAAGAAACUGUCUUCGCGGGAAGCGCACAGCAGUUUGCGUGACCUGGUUAAUCUGCUUACCACAGAAGCGUCUGCUCAGCUGCAGCAGCGACUCUCUCUUAGCGCAUUUCAGUGGGAAGAAGGCAGCAGUUCCUCAGCCACAACCAGACCACUUUCCGCCUGUGAGCAGCAUGAGGAGAACGCGAGGCGCUUCGGCUCCUCCUGGCCUCUGCUGCGCUGUGCCAUGGCCAGCAAGAGACUCUUCGAGCAUGUCAUCUCCUUCUCUGAGCUGGAGCCAAUCUGCCUCAUAUUCAACGAUCAGGAACCCCAGUGGACAGGAAUGCUCUCAUGGUUCCUCAGACGGACAGGCCACAAAUCCUUCGAAGACUGCCUGAUCUAUCCGGGCCUCUUCAAGCAGUUUGGCCAGCUGCAACGGCUUAAGCUAUGCCGUGGGAGGUGGCAGCUAGGCAGUGUGGAUGCAGCAUGGUUCACGGCGCUGAGGAGUCUGACCAUCAGUCAUGUUGACUGCAGAGAUUGGGAUUACAACUUCCUGUCUUCCAUUACCCCGCAGCUGCAUGAAUUCUUUCUUUCUUCCUCCAACCGUGACAUUUGCAGCCUCAAACUCGGCUUCGCUGUUGCUCGAGUUGUCUCAGUCAGCUUUGAGGGCAUGCUGCUUACAGUUGACUUCUCCCUCCCUCCCACUCUCAAGUCGCUUUCUAUCUCGGCAGAGGACCUGGAGCUACUCCGCAUCAUAGCGCCAACAGUGGAGACGCUUUUAGUGAGGCAUGGCUGGCCAAUGGAGGACGUGGAUGCAGAGUGGAGCCGCCUGCGCUCUCUUGGGAUUGGUGUGGAAGGCUGGAGAGAUGGGGUGAGCAGCAGGAGUGAGCUGGAGGCGAUAAGGCCUCCUUUCAUUCAAGCCCCAAAGCUGAAAUCUAUUUCCUUUGCGACUCGGCAGUGGCAGCCCAAGACGCUGGUAUCUCUGCGCAGGCAGUUUCCGUCCCUGACGCUGUACCGCGUUGUUGGUCGGUCGUUUCACUGGGAGGGGGAGGGUGAGAAGGGAAGCAAGCAGCCAGUGGUACAGCUGAGGCCAGAACAUGGUGCACAUGCCAUGGAGGACAUGGAGCAGGAUGAUCGGAUCAUGAGCCGUCACAUUCCCGCCACCCUAUCGCCGCUUCCCGCCACCCGUCUCCCCUGUUCGCCGCCCAAUCUCCCGUGCUCGCCGCCCGAUCUCCCCUUCCCGCGGCCCGAUCUCCCCUUCCUGCCGCCCGAUAUCCCCUUCCCGCAUCCUCUCGCCUUUCCGCGUAGCCUCCUCUCGCCUCUCCGCGCGGCCUCCUCUCGCCUCUCCGCGCGGCCUCCUCUCGUCUCUCCGCGCGGCCUCCUCUCGCCUCUCCGCGCGGCCUCCUCUCACCUCUCCGCGCGGCCUCCUCUCGCCUCCCCGCGCCGUCUCCUCUCGCCUCCCCGCGCGGCCUCCUCUCGCCUCUCCGCGCGGCCUCCUCUCGCCUCCUCUCGCCACUCCGCGCGGCCUCCUCUCGCCUCUCCGCGCGGCCUCCUCUCGCCUCUCCGCGCGGCCUCCUCUCGCCUCCCCGCGCGGCCUCCUCUCGCCUCUCCGCGCGGCCUCCUCUCCCCUCCCUUUGCCCUCGCUACCCCCUCCCAUCGCCAUCGCUUCCCCCUCCCGUCGCCCUCGCUUCCCCCUCCCAUCGCCCUCGCUUCCCCCUCCCAUCGCCCUCGCUUCCCCCUCCCAUCGCCCUCGCUUCCCCCUCCCAUCGCCCUCGCUUCCCCCUCCCAUCGCCCUCGCUUCCCCCUCCCGUCGCCCUCGCUUCCCCCUCCCUUUGCCCUCGCUUCCCCCUCCCAUCGCCAUCGCUUCCCCCUCCCAUCGCCCUUGCUUCCCCCUCCCGUCGCCCUUGCUUCCCCCUCCCGUCGCCCUCGCUUCCCCCGCCCAUCGCUAGUCCACUUGCGCCAUCUUUGCUGGUUCACUUGCGCCAUCUGUCAGUGUGGGGCAGCAGCAUCACCAACGCCUCUGCGCCGCUGCUCCCUUUCCCCCACUCCCACCAUCCUCUUUCCACCCCCGCCUCUCCCCCUUCCCCUGCAGUCGCUCGUUCACUUGCGCCAUCUGUCAGUGUGGGGCAGCAGCAUCACCAGCGCCUCUGCCUCGCUGCUCCUCGCCUUCCCCCGCCUGCUCUCCGCCAACCUCGCCUGGACUGCCCUCUCCCACCUCCCCGCCCACCCCUCCCUCACCGCCCUCCACCUCUCCCACUGCCCCCUGCUUUCCAUUGGCUUCCCUCUCCCCUCCUCCUCAUCCUCUCCCUCCGCCUCCUCUCCUUCCUCCUCUCACUCCUCCUCCUCUUCCUCCUUCCCCCUCACUCAUCUGGUUCUCUCUGGUGCCUCAAUCGCUCCUCCCUCCUCCCUCUUCCCUCCUCACCUCCUCGCCUUCCUCACUCACCUCACCUCGACCCCUCUACUGCUGCUGUCCCUGACGCCCUUCUGUUACACCUCGCCCACUCCCUUCCCCACACGGUACGUUAGCUCCUCACCACUCUCCCUCACACACCUUGAUCUCUCUGGCUGA